AUGACGCUUAGCAGCUACAAUAGCAUAGAAAAUAUUAAGAAGCAAGUUUUCUCCGAUAGGAAUGCAUCGAAUUUAAAGAGUACACUUUCAAAUGAAAGAGGCGAUCGAAUCUACGAGACCGCAAUUACUAGAACAAACUUUAAUGAUGAAUACAGACAGCUACCAAAAUUUUUGCAGAAAAAGCUGAAUAGGCACAAGAACAUUUUGGAGGUGAUGAGGGAGAAGGAAGCUGGGAGGAAAAGCGGGGAGGACGAUCUUGAUCUCCCGCCAUUAGAUAAUAUGACUACAUCUACAGAUCUCACGAUUACAAAGAGUGCAAGUCAAUUGGGUUUACAAAUUCGGGAUAAUUCCGGAUUUAUUGGGCAAAAGAAACCAGAAGAUUUGCUUGCAAAUGAACUGAUUGUCCCGGAAAUCGCAGAAAGUGCUCCAGGACAAAAUAUGAAAGUCCACCCAACUUGGAAACUGUUUCGUGUUCUUGUAGGACACACCGGACAGGUUACCGCACUCGGAUUUGACCCGAAUAAUGAAUAUUUUGCAACUGGAUCCAGUGAUCGGACUAUUAAAAUAUGGAAUUUGGCUAGUGGUCAAUUGAUGCAUACCUUAACUGGCCACGUUAUGGCUGUUAGGGGAAUUGUCAUAUCCGAUAGACACCCAUAUAUGUUCAGCUGCUCCGAAGAUAAAACGGUCAGAUGUUGGGAUCUUGAAAAAAAUAAAGUGGUAAGAGACUACCAUGGACAUUUGAGUUCAGUCUAUUCUAUUGACAUCCAUCCUACUUUAGAUCUUAUCGUCACAGGAAGCCGGGAUUCAUCUGUUAAGGUUUGGGACAUUCGUACAAGGCUACCAGUGUAUACGCUAACUGGGCAUAAAAAUACAGUGAAUAAAGUGAGCUGUCGGCCUACAGAUCCGCAAAUCAUAAGCUGUUCCAUGGACUCCACAGUUAAAACAUGGGAUUUAAUUGCAGGCAAAUGUUCUAAAACACUUACAUACCACUCAAAGUCGGUAAGAACAUUUUGCUGCAAUAGUGACAAUGGUGAGUUUGUUUCCGGUUCUGCUGAUGGCCUGAAAAAGUUCAGGCUUCCAAAUUGUGAAUAUUUGCAAAACAUGGAGUUUUUGAAACAUGACCAGCUUUCUGAGGGUAAUUUACUAUUAAACACAAAUUGUUGCAAUAAUGAUGGUGAGAUGUUUGUGGGAUGUGAUAAUGGACAAUAUGGAUUUUGGGACUGGGAUACUGGAAGAAUUUUUCAGGAUGGUAGAAACACGCCAAUAUCCGGCUCAAUGGAUAGCGAGAGAGGCAUACUAUGCUCAUCUUUUGACAGAAGCGGAAUAAGACUUGUUACUGGAAAUGUGGAUAAAACAAUUAGAAUGUGGAAACCAGAAAUAUCAGCAGAUUAG